CAAAAGAUCCUAGCAAGUCAAGACUUUUCUGACUUCAAAAAAAUACCUGAACACUGUUGAUUUUCUGUAAAGAUCUCAACAAAAAUUUAAGAGAAAUGGCAUCAGAGCAAAUCCCACAGGAAAAGCGCACCAAGACAUAUGUGGAGGAGGUGUUCCGCCAGAUUGAGGCCAAGCCCGGUGUGGAGGACAUUCUCAUAAUGAACCACUCUGGGGUGCCAGUAAAGACCUCAAUGGAUCGCCAGGAGGGUCUGCAAUAUGCCUGUCUCUAUGACAAUCUGCGGGAGAAGUGUCAGGCCUUUUUGGCCAAAAUGGAACCACCACAGACCCUGACUUUUCUGCGAGUUCGUACCAAAUACCAUGAGGUUCUCAUAACUCCAGAUAAAAAGAUCACAGUUCUGGUGGUGCAAAGCGUCAAGGAUACUUAUAUUAAUAUGAAGAAGUAGCUGGAAUUAUUUACUGAAUAAAAGUUCUUUAAAAAUAAAGUAUUAAAUUGAGCAUGAGCCA